UUGGUUCAACACCAUAUAUGGGAUGACAGGAGGGUCAUGUGGGCUGCGAGGCAGCUGCAGCCCCGGGUCCCUAGAGAGAGGGAUCUGCGCGCCGUGCCCGUGGGAGAGGGGGAGAGAAACAGGACGGGGGAGGAGGAGGCUGAGUGAAAAGAGACGCGUGAAGGAGGAGGAAGGGAGCGCGGGGCAGGGGCGGGAGAGAGAGCAGCAAAGCUGGUUAAGUGCCACCAUCUGCAGCAGGAGAAACAGCAGCAGCCGGCGGUGCCCUGUCUUCCCCGCUCUCCCCAGCCUGGAGGAGAGAGCCCUGCUGUGGGGGGUGAUGGAGCAGCAUGGGCACCCUUCCUAUAGCACCCGCAGCCCAGCCUGGGAGGAACUGGAGUCCGAGAAGAUGGCCGGGGCCGAGGCGAGGAUGAGCGGGGCCGGGAUCCAGCAGCAGCCCCAGCCCGCGGCGGUGGGAGCGGCGGCGGCGGCGGGAGACGAGUCGUCGGACAGCGAGGGGGAGCACGAGGGCCCCCAGAAACUCAUCCGGAAAGUGUCCACCUCGGGCCAGAUCCGCAGCAAGACAAGUGUAAAGGAAGGGCUACUACUGAAGCAAACAAGUUCUUUUCAGAGGUGGAAAAAACGUUAUUUCAAACUUCGAGGCCGUACCCUUUACUAUGCCAAGGAUUCAAAGUCUCUUAUAUUUGAUGAAGUUGACCUGUCAGAUGCCAGUGUAGCUGAAUCAAGCACAAAAAACGUCAACAACAGCUUCACGAUAAUCACUCCGUUCCGGAGGCUAAUAUUGUGUGCUGAGAACAGAAAAGAGAUGGAGGACUGGAUCAGCUCACUGAAGUCUGUACAGUCUAGAGAACAUUAUGAGACCGCACAGUUUAAUGUGGAACAUUUCUCAGGGAUGCAUAACUGGUACGCCUGCUCCCAUGCCCGACCUACCUUCUGUAAUGUGUGCAGAGAGAGCCUCUCUGGAGUUACUUCUCAUGGCCUGUCUUGUGAAGUGUGUAAAUUUAAAGCACAUAAAAGGUGUGCGGUCAGGGCAACAAAUAAUUGCAAGUGGACUACGUUAGCCUCCAUUGGGAAAGAUAUCAUUGAGGAUGAAGAUGGUAUAGCUAUGCCUCACCAAUGGUUGGAGGGUAAUUUGCCUGUCAGUGCCAAAUGUGCUGUCUGCGACAAGACCUGUGGCAGUGUUUUACGCCUCCAAGAUUGGAAGUGCCUUUGGUGUAAAGCUAUGGUUCACACUGCCUGUAAAGAUCUGUAUCCUCGAAAAUGUCCGCUUGGACAAUGUAAGGUAUCCAUCAUACCUCCAACAGCACUCAACAGCAUAGAUUCUGAUGGAUUUUGGAAAGCCACAUGCCCGCCAUCCUGUGCCAGUCCUCUUUUAGUUUUUGUUAACUCAAAGAGUGGAGACAAUCAGGGAGUAAAGUUUCUUCGUCGAUUCAAACAGUCGCUAAAUCCAGCUCAGGUGUUUGAUUUAAUGAAUGGAGGACCUCAUUUAGGUUUGCGGUUAUUUCAGAAGUUUGACAAUUUCCGGAUUCUUGUAUGUGGUGGAGAUGGAAGCGUUGGUUGGGUUUUGUCAGAAAUUGAUAAACUCAGCUUGCACAAACAGGCAAGUUGUCAGCUGGGAGUGCUUCCCCUUGGUACUGGAAAUGAUCUUGCCCGUGUCCUUGGUUGGGGAGGGUCCUGUGACGAUGACACACAACUUCCUCAGAUUUUGGAAAAGUUAGAACGAGCCAGCACUAAAAUGCUGGACAGAUGGAGUAUAAUGUCAUAUGAACUGAAAUUACCAUCAAAGCCUUCUAUUCUUCCAGUUACUUCAGAAGAGGAAUCUGAGGAAUGUCAGAUAUCUGCUUAUGAGGAUUCAGUUGCUGCUCAUCUCACAAAAAUCCUCAAUUCUGAUCAACAUUCAGUUGUCAUAUCAUCUGCCAAGAUAUUAUGUGAAACCGUAAAGGACUUCGUGUCCAAAAUAGGGAAGACCUAUGAAAAAACAAUGGAAAAUGCAGAGGAGGCUGAUACCAUGGCCAUUAAGUGUUCAGAAUUAAAUGAGAAGCUAGACCUAUUGCUUCAGGCUCUUCACACCGAAGCUCAGGCUACUCCCAUCCUACCACGGCUCACUCCCCCCAUUGUAGAGGAAGAAGUUGAGGAGUUUUCAAGUGAAGAAUCCUUGUCUGAAAGCAAGGAACAGUUAACAGAGAACAUUGCAAAGUCUUCUACUCAGAAAAUCUUCAAACCAAGAGAACAGUUAAUGCUGCGGGCAAACAGUUUAAAGAAGGCAGUGAGGCAAAUCAUUGAACAAGCAGAAAAAGUUGUGGAUGAACAGAAUGCUCAUACUGAAGCACAAGUGAACCAAUCCCCCAUAGAAUAUAGUAAGGAAUUGGAUGAAUCUAAAGAAGAAGAAAAAGAGGAAGAUACAAAGGAAUACGAAUCUCAGACAAUUAAAGCUGCACCAAAAUCUCCAGAUCGACAUACAAGUCGGGGCAUCCCCUCUCAUACUGGCUCUUUCUCUGCCCCAGCUGUGGCAGCCAGUAAAGAAAACCUCCCUGUACUUAACACCAGGAUAAUCUGCCCAGGUUUAAGAGCUGGAUUAGCUGCCUCUAUUGCGGGGAGUUCAAUUAUCAGCAAAAUGUUACUUUCAAACAUUGAUCCAUUUGGUGCUACCCCAUUUAUUGACCCUGAUCCAGAUUCACUGGAAGGAUAUUCAGAAAAAUGUGUCAUGAACAACUACUUUGGAAUUGGAUUAGAUGCAAAAAUUUCAUUAGAAUUUAAUAAUAAACGAGAAGAACACCCGGAAAAGUGCCGAAGCCGGACGAAGAACAUGAUGUGGUAUGGGGUGCUUGGUACCAAAGAGUUACUGCAAAGAACGUAUAAGAACUUAGAACAAAAAGUUCAGCUUGAGUGUGAUGGACAAUACAUCCCCCUCCCCAGUCUACAAGGCAUAGCUGUGCUAAAUAUUCCAAGCUAUGCUGGUGGGACUAAUUUCUGGGGUGGAACCAAAGAGGAUGAUAUAUUUGGGGCACCAUCAUUUGAUGACAAAAUCUUAGAAGUUGUUGCAGUAUUUGGCAGCAUGCAGAUGGCAGUUUCAAGAGUCAUCAAAUUGCAGCACCACAGAAUAGCUCAGUGUCGGUCAGUAAAGAUCACCAUACUUGGAGAUGAAGGGGUUCCAGUGCAAGUAGAUGGAGAGGCAUGGAUCCAGCCCCCAGGACUUAUUAAAAUUGUACAUAAAAACAGAGCUCAGAUGCUAACACGAGACAGAGCUUUUGAAAAUACUCUAAAGUCUUGGGAAGACAAACAGAAGUAUGAUUCCUGCAAACCUGUCCUCCGAUCUCACUUGUACCCUCAACAGGCUGUUGAGUUGGCUAUGGAAGAAGAAGUUACACAGAUCCAGCUGUGUUCACAAGCUGCAGAAGAACUUAUUACCAGAAUCUGUGAAGCAGCAAAAAUACACAGCCUGUUGGAACAGGAGCUGGCUCAUGCUGUCAAUGCAUGUUCACAUGCAUUAAAUAAAGCCAAUCCAAGGUUUCCGGAGAGUCUUACCAGAAAUACCGCCGUUGAAAUAGCUGUCAAUGUGAAGGCACUACAUAAUGAAACUGAAUCUCUACUAGUAGGAAGGGUUCCUUUGCAACUGGAUCCUCCCCAUGAAGAGCUGCUGUCUGAUGCAUUACACAGUGUGGAGACUGAACUGAGAAAACUUGCUGAGAUUCCAUGGCUUUAUUAUGUUUUCCAACCAAAUGAUGAUGAGGAUCCACCUCUGGAUUAUUCUAAGAGAAACAACAGAAGUACAGUAUUUCGCAUAGUGCCAAAGUUUAAAAAGGAAAAAGUCCAAAAGCAUAAGAGCAGCCCUCAGCCUGUUCAAAAAUGGGGCACAGAUGAAGUUGCUGCUUGGCUGGAUCUGCUCAGUUUGGGAGAGUACAAAGAAAUCUUCAUCAGCCAUGACAUCCGAGGCUCUGAGCUUUUACACCUGGAAAGGCGAGAUCUUAAGGACCUGGGGAUAACGAAAGUAGGUCAUAUGAAGCGAAUUCUCCAGGGAAUUAAAGAGCUUGGCAAGAACAUUCCCUUGUCUGAUGUGUAACAGUACUGGUGCUACCCUUGGAAGGAGGGAGAAUUGCUAGUUAACAAAGUGGAGGCACUUGCUGUCUUUGUAGUUUACUAUAUGGUUGAAUAAGCACUGAUGUACUAUGCAGGUUAAUAUAUCUGAAUUCUUGUGUGGUGAAGAGCUUGACCUGAGAAUCUGAACGGUUUUGUGCCAAAAAAAGGUGGGGGGGGAUGUUAUAUGUGCUGUGAAGACCUUUUCUUAGUGUGCAAACUUGGCAAGUUCAAGUAAGCACAUUUUGGUAAAGAGGUUGGUAUAUAGUGAACUGCAUUGCCUGGAAAAUGUAAUUAAGUAAUGAUGGCUUUCCUUACAUAUGGCCCAGUACAGCUCUCUUACAAUGCAGCAACGUAUCAACGUAGAGCCUGAGUUUGCCUGUUUAACUUUCUGAGGCAUAGCUUCCCUAAAACGUUUUGUACAGAAGACUGAGAGAUGGAACAUUCCUGGUUUUGCUUGCAAGACUGACAUUGCCUCAGGUACUUAGCACUCACUGGCCAAGGAGUAUGGUUACAGACACCACGAAUGCAAACUAUAAUGCAUGGUAUACCUGUCUGAAUCAUCUAUCUUUCUGUUGCAUGACAUAUCUGAUACUUUAAACACUUGAACAAUUUUUAUAUCAGUUUUAAUAAGAUUUAAUUUAUUACUACUUGUGUGUCUUAUAUUUGGUUACAGGCACUUUUCUAUUCUUCAGUGUUGUAUUUUACCUGAACAUGUUAUGUGGCAAAGGACUUGUGGAUGUGAACACUUAGCAUCUGUGCCAUAUUUAGCAAAUGAUGUGCGUUAUAUAUAAUUGACACAUUCUAUAGUUAGGUUUUUAAAUUACCAGUGUAGACGAGGUAUAUCAGGUAAUUAAUGCCUGAGUGUUUUGGAGAGACAGGUACCUCACAAAAUUAUCAAUCAGCUUCCUAAAUGGAAAAUUAUGAGAGAAUUUUCUUAAGGCUCAUUUUAAUGUAGCUAGUCAGUUACCUUGAAUAUCUGUACUAUAUUUUAUUUAUUAUGCAAAAAGAGGAUUAAAAAGGUUAGUGAAACAUUUUUUAAAAGCCAGAAGUAAUUUAAUGUUAUUUACUAUUGUAUAAAAUGUUUUAAUGUUAUAGCUGAUUUGAUUUUGUGAGGUAAACUUCCCCAGUCUGAUACAAGAACUUAGCCAUGUGCACCAUUUUAAUAUUGUUUUUUAAAGGUUCAUUAAAUACCAGAACAACGUACGCAUCUACUCCACAUAUCUAUAUUCAGUCUGUUUCUUACCAGUACUACUGCACUGGUAAAUCAUACAUAUUUAGUAAAAAUGUUAAUCCUUUCCCAAGUAUUGUACACUAUGCAUGCUUAGGUAAAUCACAUGCAAAACAAUAACACAGAGUGUAAACAGGUUCACUUAGAAUUACUCUGAUACUAAACAUUUCAUUAGAACAGGGUUUAUACAAUUCAGUGGGGGUGCAGCUAAACAAGACAUAGUUUUAUAAUUAAUUGAGUUCCCAGAUCAUUUUUCACCAAGUAUUUAUCUAAUGGGAAAAGAAUUUAAAUAUCUCUGGAGGUAAAAACUAUAGUAAAACUACUUAAAUAAUUAGGAUAUCUUGAUGGUUCACAACUUGGGUAUAGUUACACAGUAAGGUCUUCUCUAUACUGAAAACUUACAUCAGCAUAACUACGUCUCUCAGGGAUGUGAAAAAUCCACAACCCUGAGAGACUUAGCUGUGCCGACUUAACUCCUAGUGUAGACAGUGCUAGGCUGAUGGAAGAAUUCUUCUGUCAACCUAGCUAUCACCUCUCAGGGAGGUGGAUUAAUUGUAGCAACAGGAGAACCUCUCCUGUCACUGUAGGGAGUAUUUACACUGAAGUGCUACAAGAGCACCUGUAGCCUUUUAAGUGUAGACAUACCCUAACCCAGCUUGUAUAAAAUGGAUACCUCCUUGCCGUUUGUAAGAAUGCAGCAUGCCAGCAAAAGAGGCAUAGCUUUUACUAAUAUAUCUUCCUUUUCAACAGCAGAGGCUUUGUCAACUCUUGAAGGUUAAAGAGUAGGUUAAUAUAUGAUUGCUUUAUGAUAUUUGAGCAGACUUUCAUUUGGUUUAAAAAAGUUUGUUUCCCACAUUUUUAAAGGGAACAGUGUCAAGUAUUAGGUUUAACUUUGACCUAUCUUUCUCAUUUGGUAGGAGUUAUCCCCUGGAAGGUAAAUGUCUUACUUAAUUUUUUUUCUAACAUCCUUUGCCACUCUGUUGCCAGGAAAUUUUAAUUAAA